GCGCGAACUCCUCACUGCUCCAGCACUUCAGCGCGCAGACACGCACUCAGUGAGCCCGAACCCUUUCUCCUGUAUCAGUCUCCAUCCUUCAACCGCACGUCACUGGCUCCUGACCGCUCGGACAGUCUCACCAUGCCAUGGCCAGGCGCCCUCUGAUGAAACCACGGCGCGCCACCAGCCGUCCGAAGUGUCUGUUCUUCUCUCGAUGAAGAAGGGAGGUAUUUCUGUAGCACUUCUCGAUUUGGGGGACGAAGGAGAGCCCGAGACAACAUGGAGCCCUUCCCCAUCCACGACAUGCUGCUCAACAGCACGGACAUUUACAGACUGCUGUGCGGAAUCGCCUUCGGGAACUUCUCAGACUGUGAGAGCCCCAGUCCCACCGCGCCCACCGGCCUGACCCGAGAGCCUAAAGAUAUAAACCAGACGGUCCGCAUCAUCCUCUACAGCCUCAUCUUCCUCCUGGGUGUCCUGGGCAACAGCCUCAUCAUCACAGUGCUAGUACGAAACCGUCGCAUGCGUACAGUCACCAACCUCUUCCUGCUGUCUCUGGCGGUCAGUGACCUGAUGCUGUGUGUCUUCUGCAUGCCCUUCACUCUAAUCCCCAACCUGAUGGAGAACUUUGUCUUUGGCAGUGGCAUCUGUAAGACAGCCACAUACUUCAUGGGUAUCUCAGUAAGCGUAUCUACCUUCAACCUGGUGGCCAUCUCUCUGGAGCGUUACAGUGCUAUCUGCAAUCCGUUAACAUCCCGUACGUGGCAGACCAAGUCCCACGCUGCCAAGGUCAUCACCGCCACCUGGCUCUUCUCCUUCCUCCUCAUGCUGCCCUACCCCAUCUCCAGUAACCUGGUACCUUACCGCCGCAACAACAACACCACUGGCAACAUGUGCCGUCCAGUCUGGCCCAGUGACAUCAUACAGCAGUCAUGGUAUGUGUUCCUUUUAUUGAUCCUCUUUUUGGUGCCGGGAAUUGUGAUGAUGACAGCUUAUGGUCUCAUCUCUGUCGAGCUCUACAGAGGAAUCAAAUUUGAAAUGGCUAACAGGAGGUCAAAUCGAGACCGAGAGAGCAGCACUGGAAGCCUGAAGCCUACUGACGGUGAUGGCUGCUAUAUUCAGCCCUCCAAAAAGAAGCGCUCUGAAACCCUGGAACAGCACCAAGCCCUGACGGUCACUUCCAGCAACCCCAAAACCAAGCUGAGCCGCGUCUGCAGCAACAGCCCCACAGCCAACCUGAUGGCCAAGAAGAGAGUCAUCCGCAUGCUGCUGGUCAUCGUGGUUCUCUUCUUCCUCUGCUGGAUGCCGGUCUUUGCGGUCAAUGCCUGGCGGGCCUUCGACAAGCGCAUGGCUGACCGGCUUUUGUCAGGGGCACCCAUUUCUUUCAUCCACCUGCUGUCCUACACCUCAGCCUGUGUCAACCCCAUCAUCUACUGCUUCAUGAACAAAAGUUUCCGCCAGGGCAUGCUGGCCACCUUCACCUGGUGCACGUGUGAGCCAGACAGCGAGGGCAGAGGCAGCAGCCGCCUCAGCGGAGGAGGAGGAGGGGGGCUUGGCACUCUAGCGUGUGGAGGAGGCUUCAGGCAGGAGAGUGGAAAUGCACACUCCAGCGGAACACUGACCAGACUGACGUACACCAGCGUUCGCGGGUCUGCACAGGCAUAGGGCAAUGGAAGAGAGCGGACGAAGAACAUACUGACUGUCGGUUCCUGAAGUGGUCAGCUUAGAGGAACCUCUUUCCGGUACAGCAUAUGGUACAGUGCAAAAGUCUUAGGACACCUGAAUAAAUAUAUUUAUCUGGGCAGCAAGCGCUUAUUUGCUCGCAAAAACAUUAACCUUAGAAUAAAUAGAAAUACACAGUAUGUCGUGCAUUUGUAUGUGUCAGUGUGUUAGCCUAACCAUAUCAAAAUAUCUCCUGGAGGCAACCCAGUAUUUACAUUAUGUGCUGUACUGUUUAGCCAUGUCUGGACUACACAGUACAGUGCUGUAUUCAAAUCAGGUGUGCUGAUAGUAUAAACACAUGCAAUGACCGGGAGUAGAGCGGAAUAAUAUGGCCAAAAUAUAAUGUUUUGAUUAAUUUAGCCAUUUAUUGUAAUUGCAGUCUGCUUUGCCGUAUGUUUAAACUUUGUUGGUCCAAUGGUUAACCAGUUGGUGAGUAGUAAUUUUAGCCAAAAUGAUUUUAUUUUCUGGGCCUUUAUUCAUCAAGACACCCAAUUCAUCUGUAAUAUCUAAUAUUAGUCAUAAUGCUCAAAGCACUUAGAUUUUUUAGAGCCUCAAAUGCAUAUUAAACUGUACUGUGCAAAAGUCAAAGACCAAAGAUCUUAGAAGUUGGUUGCAUUUGCUGCUUUUCAUGAUCCAUGUAAGCCAAACCCAUUCAGUGUUGCUGAGGUCUUGACCUGGGAUGGCCAGCCCAUUAUUCUGACAACACGAGAAGAUUAGAAUAGAUUAAAGUUUUCUUCUUUUUUCGUCCAUUUACCUCUCUCUGUAAUGUUUUCUUGACAGCUACACAUCCUAUGAGAGCCAUAGCAUUGAGUAUUCGUCUCACAGUAGAAGGAUGGACAGAUACAACUGGGGAUUUUUUUAGAUAUGAUAAAACAAGUGAACAAUUUUCUCCUUUCUCUAAAAGAUGAAAGCUUUAAGUAUUGUUUCUGAUUGGGAUCAUUUUGGUCCACCAAAUCUUGCGGUAUCUCUUUUAAUGACUUUUUUAACUUCAGUUUUGGAGACUCCUGCUUUUUAGCCUAAGUUUCCUUUGACUUUUCCCUUUCCUCAUGCAAGUAGGUUAUCUUAUAUCUAAUCUCCUCAGUAAUAUUGCCAGGAAAAUGAAUAACGUUAUGGAAAUUAAAUAAAUUUAGGUUGGUCUCAGGCAUUUGCACUGUGGAUUUCUGUGAUAUCGGCAGUAGCUGAGGUGAAUCCAGCAGACGAGCCACCAAACCUUUGUUCUUCUGCUCUCUGCAUCUCAAAAGGUACAAACAAUAUUUCUGACAACAACACAUUCUUGCUAUCUACCUGUUAAUGCUUUAUUUAUUUUAAUCCUAAUGUAAUAUAGUUCUCUUCCAAGGGAAACACACUGGCUUCACAGAUAAAUACUUCUAAACAAUUUUCUUGGUUCAUCUUAGACUUUUACACAGUACUGCAUAUCCAAAGACUAUGACGUUCAAUCCAGGCAGCUCUAGUGUUUGAAGACUUUCAUUAAGUUUGGACAUUGAACACGGAUGUGAAUCUUCCUUCGAAACAGAGACCAGGCUGUUGACUGACGGCUGAAUAGCUAACAUGGUUGUACAGCUCAUGAUAAGCGAGACAGGCGUAAAUGCACAUGCACCGGUUGGCAGGGACCUUGAAAGAUCGAUGCUAGACAGAGUCCAGUGUUUAACUUCGGGUGCAAAUCAUGGUCCAAUAAACACGCGCAUCAAAUGGAGCAUGACUGUGGACAGCUUGAGAGGGUCUCGAGUCCGCAUUAGGGCACUGACUCAUAUGGGACGCUUACAUAAGACAAAGUUUAUGAACUGUCUGUGCCCCGUUGGUGUCUUUCCAGUUGUGUGGCCCACCUCCAGUUCUCUGGAUAGAAACAAAUGCUCAUAAAAUAUACACUUAAACACAUUUUCUGUGUACUAUAAUCAAUAUACAGAAUGCGAGUAUAUAGAAAGUGACUGUAGCUGAUGAGUCAAGCUAUACUGAGACAUGAUUUAGAAGGCUGCUUCUUUAGUUUGACAAUUUUUCAAUAUUUUUCAUUUGAAAACGUUUUUGUGCCCUGGUCACAUUACAUGCUUUGAUGAUAUUUUAAAAUGAAAAUAAAUUAAUACAUCCUCUGCAGAGAACUCACUUCUGCAUAUUUUAAUGCACAAGUUAAAGUUAAGGCACAUUUUAUAUUGCAUGCCCCCCACCCAAAGUAUGUUAAACUUUCUCCAUCUGGGAUGCAUGCUUUGAUGUAAAAUGCUCUUUCAAAAGAAACACAGAGAGAGGUGAUGUCAAUAACUGGAAGACCGAAGCAUAUAAUGCCUUUAAAAGCUAAACCACAAGUAACUACGGCAUGAAAUGGUUAUAAAUAUGUUGCCUUAUACCUGAGACAGUGUUUUAUGAUGGGCUGUAAGGCAUUAAAUAAAACAUAUUUUUCAGAUUUACUACUAUUUUCCCAUUGGCAACAUUACAUAUAUAAACUCAAAGACCCUUGACAUCCACAGGUCAUUUUGGAUAGUAAAUAAAAUGGUUAUAAUUAACCCUGAUUCCUAUAACCACCACAAGACGUCUGAGUCAGUACGUUUCUCUAAAAUGCACCAUUUCAUAUCAAACCAUGCUGAAUGACUUUGUUUACAUCUCAACCUUGGAAUUAUGCAGUAAGAUGAUGAAGUUCCUCUUUAACAGUGCUGGUUAGUGAUGUCUUUGUGAGGUACAUUAAACUCGUGGCUAUAGAGCAAAACUAAAGAAGCAAACCUCAGACAUCAAACAUGUUUAAGGUGAUUUGCUACAUUUGGGCUAUGGGUUAAACUUUGUAUUUUUUUUGUAUAUUUUCAGACAGUCAAAAUAUGUGAUAUCUAUCUUGAGGCAGGCUGAUAUAAUCAACUUUGUGUCAUGAAUUUGGGUUAAAAGUCAAAGGUACCAUCUCUCCACCGGCUCUUUCCGUGGAACACGCAGACUGAAGGUGGCUGAGGCUGUCCAGAUGUUUUGAGAAAACGCACAGCUUGCGCUUUCAGAGACUUUGCAGACCUCCAGCAUAGUGGAACCAUGCGCAGGGCUUCAGAACACUGCCAAAGUAACACCGCAGAACUCAGCUUGAGGAUCUGUGUACAUAAUCUCAGCCAUGUAUCAUUGACUUAUCCAUGGGGCAGUUUUUCAGAUGACAAAAACAACACACUGAAGUGCGACUGUCUUGUUUGUGCCGGUAUACGAUACAGGAAUAUACUGAAAGACUACAUUUGCAGAGCACAUCCAUCAGCCAAUUUAUUGUCAUUGCCACAGAAAUAUGUGGAUUAUGUGUAAAUAAAUUUUGCUGUACGUCAUUCCUGACCAGCAGCGCUCGUAUGUUGAUGUGGUAUGUUUGCUUCUUUAUCCAAACACUGUGCGUUCCUCAAACUGCACCUUGUACCCUUUAUUUGACAUGCAGUCUUUCUUUAUCUUCACAUGAGACUUUUCACACCUGCCAGCAACAUCAAAGCACCUGUGGAAUGGCCAUCACCCACACCUGCGCCCUUUCCCUCACAAAUGGGACAUUGGAAAAUGUAGCAUUUUGUAUGACUUCAGGUUCUUUUGAAUUUUUUUAAAUGUUUUUUAAGUUUGAUUAUAACAGCAAUAAUAAACUGCAUCUACUGUAAAUAGUGAAUAAAGUGCAUAUAAUGCUGUUAUCAUAUAUAUUCAGAUAGUGUAAUUGCUUAUGUAUCCCUGCUUGCUUGUGAUGAAAUGUUAAACAUAAUAAAGGCUAAAUUAAAGUA